AUGAUGCCGUACAUGAGCAGCAGCAACUAUGCUGCCUACCCGCAACCGGCACAAAUGAAUAUGUACAACCAGUCCGAGGCCUUCCUGGAGGAUAUGUCCAAGCAGCUGGUGGAUGCUUCCUCAGUUCUGCGAAGGAGACAUUCGCGGGGCUCAGCUGCCAGCCAGCGAACCCCAGGUUCGGCGAUGCGGAUAGUGAAGCCCAGCAGUGCCAGCAACAGCCCUCGGUCAAUGACUCAAGCACGGAGACGGACUGUCGUGACCGACGAUGUCAACUUCGUCGCAUCCCAACAGCCAAUCCACGUUACUUCCGCAAUGGUCGACCCCCAGGCCUACUUCUAUCCUCCACAGCAGCAAUACGCACAUACCCGGGAUAUUGGCAAUACCUCAAGACCAGCACGACCCGUCAGCUGGCACCCCAGCAGCACGCUCGCUGUCCCCAACCAGUUCGCCCUCUCUAUGUCAACACAGUUCCAGAUGCAGGCAUAUGGAACUCCAGCGAUGGCAUCCGCAAUCGACCCUGAAUCGUUUCCUUGCUUGCAGUCGAUGACCUUCAGCCCGGCCGCAUACUCUAGCCAAACGUCUCCCUCGACCUCUUUCUCACCAUAUUCCGGCGCGUUCGAUACUCACACGGCCAGUCAAUUUUACUCGCCCAACCCUUGGGCAGUGUCGCCCUCCAUCAAUGCGAAUGGCAUCAUGUUUGACAAGCUGCCUUCGCCGGUCGAUUGCCCUGCUCUCGUCCCGACCUCGAUUCCUUCGCAAAGCUCGGAGCAGACCUACCAGCAGCCACAGAUGCAGCAGCAGGCCGAGCCACAAAACCUAACCUUUGUCGAUGAGCCGGAGAACAGCUGGAACACACUCGCUUCACAAGGAUUCAGCCGCUGUGCAGCACCCCCAACGCCUCCAGACAACUACUACUCGACCGCCGCCAACCCGGUUGAGGCCCCGUUGCAGGAGGAUGAGUCUGAUGGCGAGAUUCUUGUUGGCAUGGGUCUCUACGACUCUCCGAACAAGGAGCUGGUGGACAUUACGCUGGAGAGCUACCGCUCGUCCGUGGCGCAACUUAUGGGCGCAGGCUACAAGUACCCUGAGCCGACAGGCAAGGGACUUAAGCUGGAGGACGCCUGGGAGCCGCCCGAGAACAUGGAUAAUGAUGACGACAAUGACGACGAGGACGACGACGAAGACGAUGCCGAGGGCGAGGACCAAUGA